GGUAGGUCAGGAACAGGCCAAUUACCGUAUUCUGGGCAUAUGCUCACUGUAUUACUCCUCAUAUUGGUCUGCCUAGUACUGUUCCUCAUCUACAGGCGCCGCUAUGAUCAGAACAUUUUGCUAAAUUGUGGUUUUCCUGUACUACCUGCUCGGCAUCUUAUUUUGGAAAAUUUUGGUGUAUUUCAAUCUCCAAAUGCUACCUUCACAUUCGGUGAAAUAUCUAAGCAAUAUGGUCCUAUCUAUGGAGUUAUGCAAGGAGGAUUACCUACUGUCAUAACUAGCGAUGUGGACGUUAUCCGUGAUAUUUCGCUCAAAUCUUUCAGCAGUUUUCACGGAAAAAUGCCGGUACCGAUUGAUCCUGACCCCGUGUCGGCCGAGAUGGUGCACAUGUUCGCAUCCAGAGGUGCUCGAUGGAAGAGAAUGAGAGCGAUAACGAGUCAAGCAAUGUCAGCAAAAAAUAUGAAACAGCUUUUUCCCAUCGUUGAGGAAUCAGUGUACAGCUUUCUGAGCUUUGUCGAAAAAUUGCCUAUACGAACCACGCUAGAAGCGCAUAAACUAUUUCAAAAUCAUACAUCUGAUGUCUUGGCUCGAUGUGCUUUCGGCCAGACGCAAUCGCUUCACCAUGACAAUUUAUACCAUAAAAUCUUCUCCCAGGCUUUCGGUAAUGAACCGAAACUUCGCACUUUUUGCUGGGAUACCGUAUCAGUAUGCUUUCCCGAACUCGCAUGGGUGCUUCGAAAUCUCAAAAGACACGCUGAAAGUGUUGCGAGCAGAUUUCUUGGCACGGCACCAUCGCCGCUUGCUACGUUCUCGAAUUAUCUGGCUAAACUGAGAAACGAUAGACAAGCAAAUGACGAGAAGUGCGACUUCCUACAGUUUUUCAAAGAUGCCGAGGACAGCACAUUUAAAGGAUUUUUGAAUGAACAAGUGUCGGGAAAAAUCGAUGUCAGCACUAUACGGAUCAACAAGACAAUGGCACCAGGUGAAACAGUGGCACAAUGUCGUUUCAUCUCAGUUGCUGGUUUUGACACCACUGCCAAUACUCUUGCCUUAGCAUGCGAUCUUUUAUCAAAAAAUGAAGAUAAACAGCAUCUUUUACUAGAAGAAAUCGACUCCUUUCCCAGCUUUACCUAUGACAAUAUUCAGUCAAUGGAAUAUCUUCACAACUGCAUUUUUGAAACCUUAAGAUUGUACCCACAUGCUUCUCCGCUCCAAAAUCGCCUUUGCAUGGAAGACUGUUUUGUAGGUCCAUACAAAUUUCGCAAAGGUGUCAGCAUAAUCAUAGAUCCGUGGUCCGUCCACCAUAAUCCUAAAAUUUGGGGAGACGAUGUGGAGGAGUUCCGUCCGGAGCGGUUCAAAUCUCUAACGACGGAACAGCUACGAGCUUAUAUGCCAUUCGGGCUCGGCCCACGUCAAUGCGUCGGCAUGAGAUUUGCCUUAAUGGAGAUCAAGUUAACGCUAUGUAUGUUUUUGUCAAAGUACAAAUUGCGAAGGAAGGAUCCAAUGGACAAGAUUACAAUGACCCUACGAGACACAGGGACAGUUUGGCCAAACAGAGUGCUCAUACAACUCGAGGAACGGCAAUGA